AUGCCAGAUCGUCAAACAACAACCUAUGGCCGGCUUUUUCGACAACUGAAGACAGAAGUUCAAGAGCGACUCAACAGACCUCUGUCACCUAGCAAGAUACAGAUCGACUUUGAACAAGCCGUUGUCGGCACGAUCGAGACAGAGUUUCCGCAAGCAGUGAUCAAGGGAUGUUUUUUUCAUUUCACCCAGGCUAUUUGGAGAAAGACUCAAAAUCUUGCACUUGCAGUCAUGUAUAAGGAGUACCCCCGUGUGACCCAGUGGAUUCGACGAGCAGCUGGGCUAUCUCUGCUGCCCAUUCCCUUUGUUCAGGAUGCGUGGGUUCAAGCUAUGGAGUUGACACCAGAUGUGCCUAGAGCUACAUUGUGA